UAUUUAUAAGUGCUCGUGUGGAACAGUAUAUAAUGAAGAAUUUCAACCCCUUUCAUCACAUUCACACCAGGUGAGUCGACGAGAAGCUACCAACAGCAGCAAGAUGAAAUUCAUAAUUUUUACACUCGCCUCUUGCCUGGUUCUGACCAUGUGCUAUGCGCACAUCGGCGGUGGAGCAUCGCUCCAGAACAUCAGCCCUCAAGUCUACUGCGGCAGAUCCUUGGCCAGAGCUAUGGCAUUCCUUUGCUUCGAAGAAGACGGUUUCGAGAAACGAUCUGAUGUUGGAACUAUGUAUGGACAAGUUCUGCCACCGUAUUACAAAGACCAAGAGGUCCAGAUGAAUCUGCCUUGGGCCGGCCGGGCACGGAGCCUGUCACUUGCGGCCCGCGGCAAGCGCACCUCGGGCAUUGUCACGGAAUGCUGCGACAAACCUUGCAGCAUCAACGAACUUCUCAGCUACUGUUGAAUCUUUACAACAAUGAUAUAACUCUUGCGAUCCAUUGUUAUUUACUUUAUUCUUAUAUAAUAUAACAUUAUUCGCUUAAACUAUGUAACCAGCUAUUUAUAUUAUUCUAGUAAUUAAGUUAAAAUAAUUGUA